AUGAACAUCUGCAGCAGGGCUCCCAAUAAGGUCGCAGCAGAGAGGCUGAGCCCCGCGGCCGGCCGGGGGCAGCCGCAGCGCGCUCGCAGGAACGGCUGGAGCUGGCCCCUGCACCUCUUCCAGCUCACUGCCUGGCUGCUCUACCUCUUCUAUGCCCUGGUGGGCUUUGGCAUCCUGGUGCCCCUGCUGCCCCCCCGCUGGCUGCUGGCUGGCUAUGUUUGCCCAGGGGUCUGCUUUCUCUACCACUUGAUUGUCCACCUCAGUGCAGUCUCCAUUGACCCUGCAGAUGCAAAUGUGAGGCAGAAGAACUACCUGGGGCCUGUGGCCAGCUUCAGCCGUGGGCAGCAUGCUCACAUCAUUGAGAACCAUCACUGCCACGUCUGUGAUGUGGAUGUGAGUGCCAAGUCCAAGCACUGUGGGACCUGCAACAAGUGUGUCUGUGGCUUUGAUCACCACUGCAAGUGGCUCAACAACUGUGUGGGAGAGAGGAACUACUGGCACUUCCUGAACUCGGUGCUGUCGGCGCUGCUGGGCCUCGGGCUCCUGCUGCUGGUCGCUUGCUACAUCUUCGUGGAGUUCUUCCUGGACCCCGGCGCGCUGCGCUCCGACCGGCGCUUCCACGCUCUGGGGAACCACACAGAGUGCUGGUUUGUGUUCCUGCCUGCAGCUCCCCUGCUGACUGGAGCCUGGGCCAUCCUGCUCACAGCUGGGGUUUUCAUCCUGCUCAGCCUGCUGACAGUGAUCCUGCUUGGCCACCUCCUCACCUUUCACAUCUAUCUCAUGUGGAACAAGCUGACCACCUACGAGUAUGUGCUGCAGCAGCGUCUCCAGCAGGUGGGGAAAGAGUCAGAGCUGCAGCUGGAGCCCUCUCCCUCCCAGCAGCCAGCCAGCCAGCCACAGAAGAAAAGAAGAAAGAAGAGACAAACCUCUCCUUCCCCAGCAGUGGACAGCAGGGCUGGCACCCAGGCCAGCCCUUGGGCCUCCCUCCCAGCCCCCCAGCCAGGACCUCGACGGGAGCGGGAGAGCCCUGCCGAGCCCCGCAGGGCGCUGGGCACCCCCGGCACGGCCGUGCGCCGCCAGCGGUGA